GCUGAAGGAGGACUGACAGAGCUGCCACCUUGCUGGAGAGGCUGCAAGACAGAGCAAAGCAUCAUUUUCUUGGCUCCAGUGAAUGUGUGAAGACUCAGAGGAAGUCUCAUCUUGCAUGCAGGGAAUUGUGAUUUGCAUUAGAACAGACCCUUCAUCAUCAACCAGGGCCGGCCUUUAAUCAGAGGUUUAACUUAAAUUUACUUGACUAAAUCCACGUCUAGCAUGGGUACAAGAGGCCUUCUAGGCUGCCUCUUCAUCACUGCUUUGCUCAGCUCCUCACAUGCUGGGCUUGUGAAGAAAAUCCUCCGGCAUCGACGGCAGACUCUGAUUCCCUCUGAUGAACAUAACAUCAGCCUCCCCAGUGCGGAUCAUCCGGUAGUUUUUAACCACGUCUACAACAUCAACGUCCCGGCCAGCUCUCUGUGCUCUGUGAACCUGGACGCCCCAGAGAGCACGCAGCUGCUGCCCAAAGACGCUCCGUCCUCUCUGAGCCAUCAAGCCACUGAGCACACAGUAGAUGGGGAGAACCAGAUCGUAUUCACCCAUCGUAUCAACAUACCACGGCGGGCUUGUGGAUGUACAGAUGACAUGCCGGGCCUGAAAGACCUCAUGAGUCGGCUGGAGAUGUUAGAAGGAGAAAUUUCAGCGUUAAGGGAUCAGUGCAGCAGUGGUGACGGGGGCUGCUGCAGUGCACAGGCUACAGGUGAUGUGGGAACGAAACCUUACUGCAACGGUCAUGGAAACUACAGCACUGAAAUCUGUGGCUGCGUGUGUGAGCCGGGCUGGAAAGGACCCAACUGCACUGAGACCGACUGCCCCAACAACUGCCAGAACCGAGGCCGCUGCGUGGAUGGAAAAUGUGUGUGCUUCAAAGGCUUCAGCGGAGAGAACUGCACACUCGAAGUCUGCCCCGUGGACUGUGGAGAACAAGGCCAGUGCGUGGGCGGUGUUUGCAUCUGCCUGGAUGGUUACUUCGGCGAGAACUGCUCUCAAACAAAGUGCCUCAACAACUGCCAAGGCCGCGGCCGCUGUGUGGAGGGAGAAUGUGUGUGUGAAGAACCUUGGACCGGCCCAGACUGCACUGAACUCAUCUGCCCUAAAGACUGCUACGACCGUGGACGAUGUGUGAACGGCACCUGCUACUGUGACAGCGGAUACACCGGGGAAGACUGUGGGGAAAGAACCUGUACAAACAACUGCAACGGUAACGGUUUCUGCGUGGACGGCCGCUGUGUCUGCAUAGCUGGCUUCAGUGGCGAAGACUGCGCACAGCUCACCUGCAUUAACGAUUGUAACGGCAGAGGAACGUGUUUCAACGGGGUUUGCAUCUGUGACCUGGGGUACCAAGGUGAAGACUGCAGCCAGUUAGCAUGUCUGAAUAACUGCAACCACAGAGGUCAGUGCAUAAACGGUCAGUGCUCCUGUGAUGUUGGCUUCGUUGGAGAUGACUGCUCUGAGCUUUCCUGUCCAAACAACUGCCUGAACAGAGGCAGGUGUGUUAACGGACAGUGCGUCUGUGAAGAAGGCUUCGCCGGCGAGGACUGCAGCAUCAGAACCUGCCCUUCAAACUGCUACGGCCGCGGCGAGUGCGUUGACGGACUUUGUGUGUGCCAUACAGGCUACACAGGUAAUGACUGCGGGGAACUGAGCUGCCCAAAUAACUGCCAGAACCGCGGGCGCUGCAUCGACGGACAGUGCGUCUGUGACGAAGGCUUCAGCGGGGAGGACUGCAGUCGGAAAGCAUGUCCGAAUGACUGCCUGGGCCGGGGUUACUGCGUCGACGGGAGGUGCGACUGUCAAGAAGGCUACUCAGGAGAUGACUGCUCUGUGCUCACAUGCCCGGCCAACUGCAACAACAGGGGGCGCUGCGUCAAAGGAAAGUGUAGGUGUGAGAGUGGAUACGAAGGAGAGAGCUGCUCAGAGCUAAGCUGUCUCAACAACUGCCAGGACCGAGGUCGCUGUGAGAACGGUCGGUGCGUCUGCGAUGAGGGAUAUAUCGGAGAGGACUGCUCAGAAGUGUCUCCUCCAAAGGACCUGACAGUCGGCGAGGUCACCAGUGAAACUGUGGACCUGGCCUGGAACAAUGAGAUGUUAGUGACGGAGUACCUGGUGACGUAUGUGCCCACUCAGCCCGGUGGUCUUCUGCAGGAGUUCACUGUGUCAGGAGACAAAACUGCUGCCACUGUGAAGGAGCUGGAACCUGGACUUGAGUACUUAAUCAGCGUCUACGCCGUUCUGAGCAACAAGAAGAGCGUUCCUGUUAGCGUCAGGGUCGCCACAGCUCUUCCACAGCCUGAGGGUGUAAUAUUCAAAUCAGUGAGAGAGACAUCAGUGGAGGUGGUGUGGGACCAGCUGGACUUCCCCUUUGAUGGCUGGGAGAUCUAUUUCCGCAACAUGAAAGAGGAAAAUGGAAAAAUCUUGAGCACUCUACCAUCCUCCAAAACCCAGUUUGUCCAGUCAGGCCUUGGACCAGGACAGGAGUACGAAGUCUCCAUCAACAUCCUCAAGAACAACACCAGAGGACCCCAGACAUCCAGAAGAAUCACAACCAAGAUAGACAGCCCAGGACAGGUGGAGGUGAAGGACAUCACAGACUCCUCUGCUCUGAUUGGUUGGUCACAGCCAGUGGCUCCUGUGGAAGGAAUCACCUUGUUAUUCGGGCCUGUCUCCGACCCCUCUGAUGAAACCCACGUGGAGGUUCCUCCUCUAGACAAACAGUUCAGCAUUGACGGUCUGAGGCCAGAUACUGAGUACAAAGUGUCGCUUAUUUCCUGGAGUGGAAGCAACAGCAGUGACCCCGUCACAACCACGUUUAUUACAGCUCUGGAUGCCCCCAAGGACUUGCAAGUCGUUUCCCAGACAGACGACAGCAUCUCUCUGGAGUGGAUGAACAGUCGCGCUGAUGUUGGCAGCUAUCGAGUGAAAUACAGCCCCCUCUCUGGAGCGAGUCAUGGCGAGGAUCUGUUCCCACGAGGACCGGGAGACACAACAAAAGCUACUAUCAGUGGGCUGAAUCCAGGAACGGAGUAUGGGAUUGGUGUGACGGCUGUGAAGAAUGAGAGAGAGAGCCUACCCACUACAACUAAUGCAGCAACUGACAUCGACCCUCCUAAAGAAUUUGAGCAAGUCGAGUCCACAGAGACGUCACUCACUGUGAGGUGGCAGAAACCCCAGGCCAAGGUCAGCACCUACAGGCUGCUGUAUGCCUCCUUAGACGGGCUGGUGUUGGAGGAGGAGAUCCCGGCCUCGGUGACAAGCCACGUCCUGACCAACCUGAGUCCUGGGAUGAGCUACACCCUGACUUUGGCUGCAGAGAGGGGCCACAAGAGGAGCUCACCUGUCACUCUGUCUGCAACCACAGCACCACAGCCUACCUCUCCAGAUGUGCUAACGCUGAGAAUCAAAAAUGUCCCAACAACCCCACAACCAGCUCUGGAUACCCAACAAACUCAAACCCCAGAACCCAUAAAUCCUGAGGCCACUUCCACAACCAGGACUGCUCCUACUUCAGAGGCUUCUCCCACUUCUGAUUCUAACGUAACGAUCUCUGAGGCUGAGCCUGAAAGCUCAGUCCUGGACAAACUGGGAAACCUCACAGUCAAUGUUUCCUCCACCAGUGUAAGCCUGGCGUGGUCAGCGCCCGAUGAGGCGUAUGAAAGCUUUUUGGUGGAAGUUAUUACUCGGUCAGAGGGGACAAAAACUCAUGUGAUGUCACUACCAGGAAACAUGACGAAGGCUGAGAUCGAGGGUUUGUCCCCUUCAACACAGUAUAAUAUAACGUUACAUGGGCUGGUGGAAGGAAAGAGAUCUUUUCCUCUAAAAGCUUUUACCACUACAGAGGAGCUGAAGCCCAUGGUGGUGAACCUCACCAUCUCUGACAUUACAUGGGACGGCUUCACUGCGUCCUGGACCCCCGUCGAUGGGGAGUUCGAGAGCUUUGUCAUUGAGGUAACAAACCUGGAGAAUUUCGCAGAGAGCCAGAACCUCACUGUGUCCGGAGACGCUCUCAGCCUGGGCAUCUCCGGGCUCAAUCCCAACACCAGCUACAUGGUUGGCCUGUUUGGGAUGCAUGAGGGCUCCUUCCUUGAACCACUGUACACUGAAGCCAUCACAGAGGCUGAGCCGGAGGUGGAGCAUCUCUUUGUCUCGGACAUCACAGCCGACAGUUUCCGUCUGUCGUGGACAGCCGAUGACGACCUUUUCGACCGGUUUGUGAUCAAAAUCAGAGACAGCAAAAGAUUAGCCCAUCCUCAGGAGUACAGUGUCAGUGGAGAUGAGCGCACCAAGGUUUUAACCCGACUCAUGGGUGGCACCGAGUAUGAAAUCGAGCUUUAUGGUGUCACUCUGGACCACCGCUCCCAGCCUAUAACUGGGGUAGCACAGACAGGCCUGAGCACUCCAAAGGGACUUCACUUCUCUGAUGUGACCGAUUCCUCUGCUGUGGUCCACUGGUCCAUGCCUCGCUCCCCAGUAGAUGGCUUCAGGAUCACAUACUUACCCUUUGAGGGAGGGAGCCCGAUGAUGCUGACUGUAGACGGAGGCAUCUUCCAGGCUAUGCUACCUAAUAUGGUCCCCGGUAAAGUUUACCAGGUGACUGUGAGUGCAGUGAAAGGUCUGGAGGAGAGUGAGCCCAGCACUGACACCGUGACCACAGGUCUGGACAAACCUCAGGGUCUGAUGGCGGUAAAUGUCACCGACACGUCAGCUCUGCUGCUGUGGCAGCCAUCCGUGGCGACCGUCGAUGGCUACGUCAUCACCUACAGCAUGGAUUCAGUGUCCCCCAUGGUGGAGCAUGUGUCUGGGAACAUUGUGGAGUUUGAGAUGGACUCAUUGUUUCCAGGAACACACUACACAGUCGGAGUGCAUGCAAUGAAAGAAGCCCUGAAGAGUGACUCAGCCAUGACUGAGUUCACCACAGAUGUGGACCCUCCCCGUGAUCUCACUGCUAUCAACAUCCAAACUGACAGCGCAACUCUAACAUGGAAACCUCCGCAGGCUGCCGUCACUGGUUACACACUCACCUUUACCUCUGCUGAUGGAACUAUCCGGGAGGUGGUGCUCAGCCCAACGGCGUCCUCCUACAACAUGGCUCAGCUGACCGGCUCCACAGAGUACAACGUCAGAUUACAGGCCAUCGCAGGAGCUCAGAGGAGUCGUCACGUCAGCACCGUCUUCACCACCAUUGGACAGCUGUACAGACGCCCUAAGGACUGUGCUCAGAUUCUGCUGAACGGAGAGACAACGUCGGGUCUGUAUACCAUCUAUGUGGGGGGAGAGGAGACGCUGCCCAUCCAGGUGUACUGUGACAUGACCACGGAUGGUGGAGGAUGGCUGGUUUUCCUCCGACGCCAGAAUGGAAAAGUGGAUUUCUACAGGAACUGGAAGAACUACACGGCUGGCUUUGGGAACAUGAAUAACGAGUUCUGGCUGGGUCUCUCCAACCUCCAUAAAAUCACGAACUCUGGACAUUACGAGCUGCGUGUGGACUUACGCGAUAAAGGGGAGUCGGCCUACGCUCAGUAUGACAAGUUGACCAUCGCAGAGCCGAGAACACGUUAUAAACUCUACAUCGGAGCAUACAGUGGAACAGCAGGUGACUCCAUGACUUACCACCAGGGUCGACCUUUCUCCACCUACGACAACGAUAAUGAUAUCGCUGUCACAAACUGCGCCUUGUCUUACAAAGGCGCCUUCUGGUAUAAAAACUGUCAUCGGGUCAACCUCAUGGGGAAAUAUGGGGACAAUAGUCACAGUAAGGGGAUCAACUGGUUCCACUGGAAAGGCCACGAGCACUCGAUUGAAUUUGCAGAGAUGAAGCUCAGACCGGCCAACUUCAGGAAUUUCGAGAGCAGAAAAAAGCGAUCAUAGACUCGUGAGCCCCCUCCCCCGUUCGCACCUCAGCUCCACACAAACUCCCUCUAAACUUCUGUGUUCCCUCAUCUUUAAAUCACUCUCGAAAAUUCACACAAACAACGACAAUCACACUGAAUGUAAUUCAGUUCUGGCUGUGAAAAACAAACCCGGUCACAUUACACCAAAGAAUUAAAUAAUUACAGUAGCUGUUUUUGUGUUUUUGGCGUCCCAAUCAGGCGCUGGUGUAUGAGUGAUAAUAAAGAAAGAAGUGCGAGGUUUCAGGGGCAUGAAUGGACAUAAAUAAAGGGUUUUGGACCAUAAACAUGAGAAUUUAAUGUAAAAUUAUGUAAAUGAAUCCAAUCAGUUACAUGUCAAAGGCACAUAGUAAGAGACGUCACAUCUAUUCAGUGUUGAACAUCAACUCCUCCAUUUUAAACUGAGCUAUUAAAAAAGAUAAAUUAUACAAAAAUAAGACAUUUUAAUGAAAACAAAGAACUCUAUAAAAUGUCAUGUAUAUUUACUGUAAAACCAAGAGAUCGAUUGAAUUGAGUUCAUAUUUAAAUUGUGCUUUACUUAUUUUGAUAGAAAAAUAAACUCUGAAUGAUG